AUUGACAUUCAGCUCCUCACCUUACGUUGGGUACGCAUUAUUUAUUUAGCACCACCCAUCGCAGCACUCGCACGCACCCUCUAUACCUUUCUGAAUCAAGAAACGCCUGUUCGCACGCAUACAAACCCAAACCCUCAAAAAUGCCAGCUCCAUCUCCAAUCAAGAUCGCAACCCAAGCGGUCACCCGUCUGACGACCGAAGAGAAGUACUACCAGAAGGAGCUCUCCUCGCAGAACUCGAGAAUCGAGAAGCUCGAGGCGGACCUCAAGGCCGGCAACGAUGCGGACGGCAAUGCCGAGUUCGUGAUAAGGCAAGAGGGAAAAGCCCUGGAAGAGACCAAGGCUGUCUUCGGACCCCUGAAGCAGCGCAUCAUCGAAGCUGCUCAGCGGCUGGAGGAGCAGAUCGCAACGGCGGAAGACGACAACGGCACCAACGCAGAGGAGCUGGCCAAGGCAAAGGAGGUUCUUGCCAGCGUGCCGAAAGAUGAUGCCUAGAUUUGGUCCGACGACUUUAAUUAUGGGGGAAUAAGAGAAUCACCAGGGCAGACGGGCUGUAUGAUUACGAAUGGGAUGACACUAUGAUACCACUUUGAGGAUCGAAAAUAGAUCAACUUCACGAUAUGAUGAAUGCACUGAUUCGAUGCAAGGAGAGCAAAGCCAGCGAACGUAGGUCCAUGAACAU